UUUUGACACCGGAAGGUCCAUCGUUAAAAUAAAUCCGACCGGAUUCAGCCGCUCGUAGUCUUCGGACGCAACUUGAAGAGAUGCGGUUAGCUUGAAAACGCAGUCACCAGUUGUCUAAGCAGCAGAAACGCUGAACCAUGUCUAGUUUCGGCGCAGAGCUCAUCGAUUAUUUGGAGGGUCGAAUAACUUUCGAGGAAUUCGACAAAAGGAGAGACGAGUGUAAAGUCGAGGAUUCAGAGGUUAAACCUGAAGAUGUGGAGGAAGAUGCUCAGCCUUCCACCUCGUCACAAACUCAGGCGAGAGUAGGAAACUUGUUAGUGGAGGAUGGAGUCAGCCCUGGAGUUCAGAUGGCCUUCGCUUCCAUUCUGGGAGCAACAACAGAACCACCAUCUUCAGAGGAAGAGGAGGACAGCUUGAGCUACCUUGAUGAUGGAGAUGAUAAGGAUUACAGCGCAGAGGAGGAUGAAGGGGGAAAGGUCAAGGUUGGGAAGACAGGAAGGGCUCAGAGGAAAGGGGGGAAGAAAGGAGGAAAGGGGGUGAGGAAGAAGCAGAAGGAGGGGGAGGAAGAGGAGGUGGCUGUGACGGUGGGAGAUGUUUUCGCGCUGGAGAUGGAGCUGAACCGAGAGAACAAGAAGCUGAUGAAGGGACGUCGUCAUGGCAGCAAGCUGCCUCAGGCUCUGAGGGGUCUGAUGGGUGAGGCCAACAUCCGCUACGCCAGAGGAGAGAAGGAGGACGCCAUCUUGAUGUGUAUGGAAAUCAUCCGACAGGCUCCUCUGGCCUACGAGCCUUUCUCCACUUUGGCCAUGAUCUAUGAGGAUGACGAGGACAUGGACAAAGCGCUGCAGUUUGGUCUCAUCGCAGCCCACCUCAACCCCUCAGACUGCGAGGAGUGGGUCCGUCUGGCUGAAAUGUCUCUGGAGCAGAACAACAUCCGGCAGGCCAUCAUCUGCUACAACAAAGCUAUAAAGUACGACCCCACCAACGUACGGUAUCUGUGGGACCGUUCCAGCCUCCACAUGCGCAUUGGAGAACACAAACAGUGCAUGGACGGCUACCGCCGGAUCCUGUCUCUGCUCCCGCUGGAGGACGGAGAGCACUUCAUGCAGCUCUCCAAGGACAUGGCUAAAAGUUACUAUGAGAGUAAUGACCUGCCCUCAGCUCUGAGUGUGACUGAGGAAGCUUUAUCACGACACCCCAGCUUGGUCAGCGAUGACUUCAUCAACAUGGCGGCUGAGCUCUAUAUUUCUAAUCACCAGUACAACGAAGCCCUGAAUGUCCUGGUCCAGUUUGCGGGAAUUGUGUUGGUCAGAGCUGAAUCCACAUCAGAAAUCACAGCAGCGUCGCAGAAAGAGGGAGCGACGGAAGUUAAAGAGGAGGAAAAGGAAAGGGAAGCAAAGCCAAACACAGCAGAAGAAACAGCUGCAGAGAAACUGGAGAUUAAAGAUGUUCAGGUACCAGACAGUGUUCCAGUGGACCUGAAAGCCAAGCUCAUUAUCUGCCUCAUACAUCUGCGUGUUCUCUCUCCUCUAGAGGGCUUGGUAUCCUCUCUGACGGAGCAGAGUCCGGAGGACAUCGGUGACUUGUACCUGGAUGUAGCUGAAGCCUACCUGGAGCAGGGCGAGUACGUGUCUGCUCUGCCUUUGCUCUCCGUCCUCAUCAUAUCUGAGAAGUACAACCUGGCUGUUGUCUGGCUGCGGCACGCAGAGUGUCUGAAGGCUCUGGGCCACACUGAGGCGGCAGUAGAGAGUUACACCAAGGUGGUGGAGAUGGCGCCGCAGCACCUGGAGGCAAGGCUGACCCUAGCAACACUGCAGCAGCAGCUGGGACGGAUGGAUUGUGCUCUGAAAGCUCUGGAGUCCAUGUACGACAGCGAGACGCUGGCGCAGGAUUCAUCAGCAGCCCAGAAGGAGUUAAAACUUCUGCUGCAUCGCUCCACGCUGCUGAAGACACAAGGCCGGAUGCAGGACUACCUGGAUGCGAUGAUAACUAUGAUAUCCAUGCUGCUCAAGGUGGCCAUGCAGCGAGCUAAGGUGUGUGUGCGCUCCGUAACUAUGUCAGGGGAGAAUCACCUGAGACUGGUGAAGGUUGGAGACAUGAUGCCAGAGAUCGCUGAUCAUGAAACUGCCUAUCUGGACAACACAGGUAAAACCAACUUUUUGUCCAAAGAGGACUGGUGGCAGCUGCUGGUGAACUGCGUGCUGACGCUGUGUGAGGUGAAGCGCUACAAAGAGGCCGAGCUCCUCGUGGAGUCGGCCAUGGAGUUCUACUCUUUCUACGACAAUAAACCCAAGAGGAGGGAGCUGGAGUUCUUCGGCUUGUCUGCCACCAUCCUGGACCACAACUAUUACAAGGCUUACAACUACAUCAGGAUAAUGCUCAUGGAAAAUCUGCAUGUGCCUCAGUUUUGGAAUAUUUUUAAUCAGUUGACGAUAACCUCCCAGCAUCAGCGUCACCAUCGUUUCUGCCUUCGCCUCCUGAUCAAACAUCCCGACAUCCACGCCUUGUGCGUCCUCUGUGGACACAACGCCAUGGUGUCUGGGAGCUUCAAACAUGCUCUAGGCCAGUACGCCCAGGCCUUUCAGACUCACCCGGACGACCCACUGCACAGCCUGUGCCUGGGUCUCACCUUCUUCCACAUGGCAUCUCAGAAGUAUGUGGCCAAACGACACGUGCUGGUGGUGCAGGGUUUCUCCUUCCUGUGGCGAUAUGUGGAGCUGCGUGGGGAGUGUCAGGAGAGCAUUUACAACCUCGGCCGAGCGCUGCACCAGAUGGGCCUCACACAUUUAGCCAUACAUUACUACCAGAAGGCUCUGACACUUCCAGCUAAGAGACUAGAUGGCAUCGCAGAUGAUCAGGUUGAUUUGAAGAAAGAAAUCGCCUUUAACUUGUCACUCAUCUACUCGGCCAGUGGGAACGUGGAAAUGGCCCGGCAGCUCAUCACAACUCAUUGCAUUGUGUGAAAAAGUCCUUCGUCUUCUCUGGUGUUUCUUUGUUUUUCAGUUGCAAGCAGUAUUUCAGUUCUGGCAGCUAAAUCCCAGGAAAAAUAGAUCCCUGGAGGACUCCGAAUUCAUCAUUCAUCUGUAAAUAAAUACGUGUAUAAAUGUUGCAAUGAUACAGAAGUUCAUACAGAUUGUAUUUAUUUUAUAAUAAAAUCAUUUUUAAGGUUA